AUGUGGACCAUGUACCAAUUUGUGAAUAUUCCUCUUCGUGACUAUCAGUUAUCUAUGACCCGGACGGCUCUAUUUUCAAAUACCUUGGUGGCGUUGCCAACAGGAUUGGGGAAAACUCUUAUUGCUGCUGUUGUAAUGUAUAAUUAUUUCAGAUGGUUUCCAGAAGGAAUGAUUGUUUUUGCUGCUCCUUCUCGACCACUUGUUAUGCAGCAGAUAGAAGCCUGUCAUAACAUUGUGGGAAUACCACAAGAAUGGGCAGUUGAUAUGACAGGUCAAACAAGUCCUACGAGAAGAGCAUGCCUCUGGAAAGCUAAACGGGUUUUCUUUGUUACCCCACAAGUGCUGGAGAAGGAUAUUCAAUCUGGUUCAUGUCUGGUGAAACGCCUAGUUUGUUUGGUGAUUGAUGAGGCUCAUCGGGCAUCAGGAAAUUUUUCCUACUGUGUAGCAGUUCGUGAGUUGAUGGCCAUUCCUGUGCAGUUCAGAAUAUUAGCUUUGACUGCAACACCAGGAUCUAAGCAGCAGGCAAUACAGCAUAUCAUCGAUAAUCUGCAAAUAUCUACACUUGAAUAUCGAAAUGAAAGUGACCCUGAUGUCAUUCAAUAUGUACAUGACAGAAAGAUUGAAUUAAUGGAGGUUCCUAUGGGCCAAGAUGCUGUUGAAGUAUAUAAUUUGCUCUUGGAAGUAAUACGCCCAUAUGUUGCUAGGCUUUGCGCGAUUGGAGUUCUUCAGAAUAGAGACUUUCGGACGUUGAGCCCAUGUGAUUUACUCAAUUCAAGGGACAAAUUUCGUCAAGCUCCCCCACAAAACCUGCCUCACAUGAAAUAUGGAGAAGUAGAAGGAUAUUUUGGAGUUCUCAUUACACUGUACCAUAUCCGGAAGUUACUUUCAAGCCAUGGAAUAAGGCCAACAUCGGAGAUGCUUGAAGAAAAGAUGCACCAAGGGUAUGACCUUCUUCAACCUCAUAGAAAGCACUUCUUGAUUUCCAAAGUUGCAAACUACAGUAAACUGAGUUUCUUAAUGCAAUCAUUUUUAAUUCAAUUAGGCGAUCUAUUUCAACACUUAUUCCACUGUAAAGUUACUAGCAUAACCAUUCAGUGA